AUGUUUAUCUAUAAGUUCGUGGGAUUUGGUUUUGAUGACACCGCGACCGAGGAAUCCACUGACGCCUUCGACCCGCAUGCUCAUCGCAUUGUUGCCAAGCCUUGCACGUACGGAGAGACCAUGAUGCACAUGCUGAAAGGAUGCCUGGGCGCAGGGCUGCUCGCUAUGCCCAAUGCCGUGGCCCGCAUGGGCAUUGUGCUCGGAGCUCUGGGCAUCAUCUUUAUAGGAGCAUUUGCUACUUACUGUAUACAGAUACUGGUGCUCGCGCAGUACCAGCUGUGCAAGCGUCAUCGGCGCGGCUACAUGGCAUACACUAAGAGCAUCCGUGUUGCCAUACUGGGCGGACCUCCGAAACUACAUUGGUCUGCAAACUGUUUCGCCAAUUUAGUAGACUUUUUUCUUGUUUUUUGGCAAAUUGGUAUUUGUGCUAUCUAUUUCGUGUUUGUCGCCGAAAAUGUAAAACAGAUCGUGGAAUUCAUUGGCUACGAGGUGACAGUACGCAGGGUCAUUUGUUACUCUUAUCCCCCGCUGCUGAUCUGUAGUUUGGUUAAGGAUCUGAAGCUAUUAACACCCUUCUCGACGAUCUCAAAUGCUUGUGUGCUAGUGGGAUUAGUCCUCGUGUUCUUUUAUUUGGUGGAAGAUGAUGUUGUACUUGAUGAAGAAAAGUAUAAAGUCAAGGGACUUGAAGAUAUUCCAAUAUUUAUUGGUAUUACUCUUUUUGCGCUAGAAGCAGUCGGGGUGAUCCUGGCUCUUGAGUAUAACAUGGAAAAGCCUAGGGAAUUCACCGGGAUCUGUGGUCUCUUCAGUGUCGGCAUGAUGAUCAUUCUGGGGACCUACAUCGCACUGGGUGUUUUCGGUUAUCUCAAGUAUGGAAACGAAUGCAAAGGAUCUAUAACUCUGAACUUGCCGCAAGAUGAGAAAAAAGCGCAGGUGGCGAAGCUGACAUUCACUAUAGCACUGUUUCUGUCAUAUCCAUUACAAAACUUCGUGGCAUGGCAGAUUGUGUGGCGUAAGACGCAUAAGAAAGUCUCAGAUAAAUGGAAACGUACAGUUGACUAUGCUCUCCGCGUCAUCCUUGCGACCAUUCCGUUCGGGAUGGCGGCGGCGGCGCCUUCCCUCGGCGCCUUCAUGGGCCUCCUCGGCGCUCUCUGCCUCACCAUGGUGGCCAUCUUGUUCCCCGCUCUCAUGGACCUAUGCGUCUACUAUCCCAAUAGAUACGGUUUCGGUUGGUGGAAGUUGUGGUCUGACAUAUUUAUCAUCGUGUUCGGCAUGGUCUGUUGUGCCUCUGGCGUUUACACCAGCGUGCUAGAAAUGGUCGAAACCUACGAUUUGUAAUUUUAUGGAAAUAAAAGUAUUUUUGUUAUAGUG